GAGAGACUGUGUAUAUAUUCCUCCGAGGGAAAGGCUGCCCCAGACAGUGUUAAAGUUUUCAGAGACGUGUUCGGCUGAUGAGAAGUUCGUGCUCGAGGCUGAGGACCUAAGCCGAUUGCCAAAAUGUGUAAGGGACUGGCAGCUCUGCCGCACUCAUGCCUGGAAAGGGCUAAGGAGAUCAAGUUGAAGUUGGGAAUUCUCCUUCAGAAGCCAGACGCUGCCGGUGACCUUGUCAUUCCGUAUAACGAGAAGCCGGAGAAGCCUGCCAAGACCUACAAGCCCUCGCUGGAUGAGGCCCUGCAGUGGCGCCAGUCCCUGGACAAGCUUCUCCAGAGCAACUAUGGACUUGCCAUCUUCAAAAGUUUCCUGAAGUCUGAGUUCAGCGAGGAGAAUCUUGAGUUUUGGAUUGCCUGUGAGGAUUACAAGAAGAUCAAGUCCCCAGUGAAAAUGAUGGAGAAGGCAAAGCAGAUUUAUGAAGAAUUCAUCCAGACUGAGGCCCCUAAAGAGGUGAACAUUGACCACUUCACUAAAACCAUCACCAUGAAGAACCUGAUGAAACCCUCCCCGAGAACCUUCGACCUGGCCCAGAAAAGAAUCCAUGCCCUGAUGGAGAAGGAUUCGCUGCCCCGCUUUGUGCGCUCUAAGUUUUAUAAGGAGUUAAUCAAGUAGUAAUCUGGUUGAGCUUCCAAAGUUACCCCAUGAGUUGAGUUACAUCCUCUGUAGCAACACAGCAUCCCCCAGGCACAUCCACAUUUCUCCAUAGCAGCUUUGCUCCAAGACACCCAAACAAAGGCAAACCCCAGCCUGUGUUGCCAACUCUUUUGCUCUUAUUGGUUAGGGCGUGCGAAUCUAUUGUCUUAGGGCCUUCAGUUCCGUUUCUUCUUUCUGAGUGCUUUGUAAGGA